AAGCUCAAGCGGAAUGAGCACAAAUAGACUUGAUCAGGUCGGGUUUCCUGGCGACUUCCAUCCCGGCAGAGCACUUUGUUUACGUCUGUAUGUGGAGAGGCAUCUUCGGUCCUCAGCUGACAUUUCUUCCAUCAAACACUGCAACAGGGCUGCAGAAUGAAGCUCCUCCUGGGUUUGGUGCUGUCUGUGGCGACACUGAGUGUCCUCAACUCCGCUCUGGCGGACCAAACCGAAGAGGUCUCUGAGGACACGUUGAAAGAAUUGUCUGAAAGCGGUGAGAAACUGGUGGAUGAGGAGAUUAGGAGGGCCUUGUAUGGGGUGAAACAGAUGAGGGAGGUGUUGUGGAGGAAUGAGCAAAAGCACGAGCACCUCAUGAAAUCUUUGAAACACAGCAGUGACAAGAAGAAGGGCGCAGCCCAACUGGCCAAGGAGGUGACGGAGAAGCUGGUGGAGGCAGAGGAGCAGUGCAAAGACUCCCUGCAGUCUGAGUGGGAGGAGUGCAGACCCUGCCUGGAAGAUGCAUGCAAGACCUUUUAUACCACCACGUGCCGCAGGGGCUUUGCUGCUUUCCAUGCCAAGGUGGGAAACUUCUUCCAGAGAGUGUCCAGGCGCUUUGGGUCUAGUAAGAGACCCGCGGAAAAAGGGGACAUCUUGGUGAACCAAGACCCUGACGACUCAGAAGACAAAGAUGUUGUCCAAAUUGAGGAUUCCUUCAACCGUGUGAUGAGCAAGGUGGGCACCGUGGUGAACUGCAGCGUGACGCUGGUCUCCAGGAUUAGCAGCAGGCUGGACAAAGUUCUCCAGAGAGCCUUCCUGAACAACACAGACGUCCUGACGGAAGACGCCGUCCUCGAACCUUUCUAUCCUGGCCGAGACUCGGGCUUCCUGCAGGGCGUGGGCCUGGAGGAGGUGCUGGAAUCCUUCUUUGACUUCGGCAAAAGUGUGGUGGAGGAAUUUGGAGCUGUGGUCACCCAGGUGUUUGAUGACCUCCAGCAGGCAGUGGAAGAGGAGAAAAAGAAAGAGAGGGAAAGGUUCCCUAGUCUUUUGCAGAACAGGAAGUUGUGCAAAGACCUCCGCAAGCAGACAUCAGAGUGUUGGCAACUUCAGAGCAAGUGUGAGGCCUGCCAAGGAGCCCUGCUCACAGAGUGUCCCAGUGUCCGGGAGCUGCACGUGGAGCUGGAUGAGGUUUCCCAGCUGCUGGACGUCUCCAGAGAGCAAUACGAGGAGAUCUUGUCUAUCGUCCAACGCCACACCGAUGAAACGGUGAACUGGCUCGGCGACAUGGCAGCAGAGUUCAGCUGGGUGGCGAAGGCCGUGAACAACGGCAGCACUCCGCUGAACAUCUUCCACAUCACCAUGGUGGCACCAGAGAGCCAUGAAAAGGAGAACAUGGCCACCACUGACACCAAGGUGGAGGUUAAUGUCCUGAACUCUGCCCCCAUCAUCCUCACCGUUCCCGGGGAGCUGGAGAUGCACGACCCAGCUUUCAUCCAGUACGUGGCCCAGGAGGCCUUGGAAAUGUACAAGGAGAUGGUCAGGACUGAAGAUGAGUGAAUCGACGGCAUCUUUACCUUCAGCACUUUAUUUUUGAGCAGAAGUAGGUUGUAGAUAUCAUGUAGUAGAAAUCAUGUUGAUGAAAUACAAGUACACUGCAGGUAUAAUUACUGCCAUGGAUUGAAGCUACUAAGAAGUGAUAGUACUUCUCAUCUGUUAAAUGGUGUAAAUAAAUAAAAAGUGGACAAGCUGUCGCCAGAGUGAAACAUGACAGUGUUGUCUGAACUUUCCAGA